GAGCCAGCAAAAUGCAAUUCUGACAAGGAUUGCUUACAGGGGCAAGCUAAAUGCAUUCGAAGAGAAUGUCACUGCGUCAACAAUCUUGGAUUUGGGGAUGGAAAAACUAAAUGUGAAGGUAAGGUUUAUUCAUCUACUCACAACAAAUCGGAGGCAAAAAUGUGCAGCUCACUGUCAUUUUAGUACGUAGACUUCGAAAAAAAGAUGAAACUUUUUUUCUCAUCAAAUUCUUUUUCUCGGGCAAGAAGAUUGCUAUCUCUGUCUUCGUAGUGGUUAAGAGGGUACAACCGGUUUCGCUACUUGUCGGAUUCGCUUCGUUUCAGUUCGCAACAAACUCGCUACAUAUUACUUUCUGUAAACGAUUGAAAAUAUUCCCUUGAUCGCUGUAGAAAAAAAUCUUUUAAUGCAUCUUUCGUUCUUCUAAGCUUCCCCCUCCGAGGGUGAAAGUUUUGGGCUUAGCCGAUAGGCAGCGAGACGAAUAUGUAGGUAGCGAACUCGAACGUAGCGAAUUUGACAGAUCAGCGAAACCGUUGUAAAGCGUUAAGAGGGUUCACAUGCACAGCUCAAUCCCGUCAUCCCGACUCAAAUUUUCCCUCAAUCCCGUAAACCCGAUGGCUAUUUUCGACAUCGUACAUCCCUUGCAUACCUUCAAUCCCGAAUCUGGACCCCAUUUUACUUAAAAUCCCACACCCUGGACUUCAGACUAGGCUAAUCCCGGAUCCAGAAAAACCUAUUGUGACCCUCUGCUCAGACCAUUGCACAGGGUGAAAAGACAUAAAAGGAAUUCGUUUUUCGGCUCUGAUUUCAACCAAAAAUACGCGAUCACAUGUAACGUAUUUGAAUCGUUUUCGCUCGCCCACAUUAAAACGCUAAAACGACGGAAAUACGAUAGCAUCCCUUACAGAGCAUGCGCAAGCUGCUCUAGUAGUAUGUAUAAGAUCAUCGCAUUCGAAAAUCUCCGUUUUCGUCCGUCCACACCUAAAAGGGAAGCCGGCGUUUAAAAAAAAACUCCACCCUAAGGACCGUGUUUGAAAACUUGCGUUUUUGGUGCCCGAAAACUGAGAAGACUCACCGCCGUAGCCAGUAUGAGGCGAACCGAGGCACUCGCCUCGGUAAAAUUUUACCAAAUACUGUCGAUUUUUAUUUUUUUUAUCAGACUGAUAAUAUUAGAAGAUUUCAUACGGCUGAUUUCGUACAACGGACCGUGUGUUCGCCUCGGUUGUAGUUUCUUCCUGGCUACGGCCCUGAGACUGUUUACGUAUGGAAUCGACAGAAGACUGAAACGGAUCGGAGAAAAAUCCCCGUUUUCGAAAAUAUCCGGAUACGUGUGGAAAGUUUUAGGUAAAGCCUUCCUAUAGCCACGGAAGCUUUAAGGUUGGACGAGCACUUUAUUUUCCUUUUAUGGUUUAGCAUUCAAUGACUUGCGAUAUAAGUUACAAUUCUAGUGAAGCAGUUUCGCCUCAAGGGGUUGAUUUGUCCACAGGAGACCUGUCAAUGAAUUAGGCUUUUAUUUGACUGCCCAUUAGUCCCUUAAACACUAGCCUCAAAUUCAACUCGAAGUCUCUCUUUUUUACAGCAUGGAAGACGUGUCCCUAUGAAAAAGACCCCUGUACUUCAAGUGGACAAGAAGUAAUUAAAAAUUCUCACUGUGUGAGGAAACCAGGAAAGCUAACGUUGUCCUGUAGGUGUGAUAAAGGAUAUUUUGGAAGACCAGUAUUACCAUCAUGUCUCAAGGAUGAUGGAGGUAAAACAACCUCUCUAACGUGUUAACCAUGGUUUGAUAAUAUUUUUUCCAGGAACUGAUCAUGCAACAGCAUUUUUGUGUUUGUCUGUCCAAACGUUCUUUGACGCAAUCAUUCAUUCGUUCAUUCGACGAUCGUUCGUCCAUCGUUCGUGCGUCCGAGCGUUCGUUCGUUCAUUCAUUCGUUUUUCCAUUCAGUUAUCCAUCCAUCAAUCCAUUCAUCCAUCAAUUCAUUCGUUCGUUCGUUCCUUCAUUUAUCGUUCAAACAACUAGCAAUAAUGUUGUAACUGAAUUAAUCAACCAGUAAAGUACACACUGUAGUCAAAUUAUCGCACAGUCAACAGAUGAUCAAAAUAAAAGAAAAAUCAAUCAUUCAUUCACCGAAUCUGUUAGUUUGUAUGAAGUGUUAACUUGUUAUUUUAUUUGUUCACCCAAACAACCGAUCUUUAUAUACAUAAAAAAAACUGACUUUAUAGAGGAAACACAACUACUGGUAAACCAGACCAGUAGUUUCCAUGGUGGCCCACACGGUUAAGAAUCCAAGGCAAUCUGGCCGGAUUCAAACCAGUUGGCUAUUCCGGAUUACAAUUCCAGCGUUCUAACCGCUCGGCUACUCUGCCUCACAUCUAUGUAUUUCAUCUUGUAUAAAAAGAUUCCUCGCUAAAGGCACGACAAAACGGGCAACAAAAAACAUGCAACUUGUUUUGCAUCACUGCUGCAAAACGACUGUUGAAUAGCGAUGUUGCGCGUUUUGCCACCCACAAAUCAAACCUGUCUUGCAACAAAUUAAAAGCUUUGAACGAGGGUAAUAAAAGGCGCAACAUCGCUUUACAACUCGUUUUGCAGCAAUGUUGCAGGACAAGUUGCAUUUUUUUUGCUCCCCGUUUUACUGAAGCUUAACCUAGUUUACUUUCGUUUGGUUUGUCCUUGUCUUGACAGCCGAUGCGCAUGGAAGAUAUCCUUGCUUGACUGACAAUAACUGUCCACAUUAUUCCAAGUGCAUUAAAAACAGGUGCAUGUGCCGCUAUGAGCUGAUUGGAAACGGAGAAACAUGCAAAGCUCGUAAGUAUGCCAUACUACUAGAUAUCAUAACUUAAGCUAUGUCAUUCUAUACCGGAUAACUUUUGCGCCGGCACGAAAACCAUACCGGAUAAAGCUUCUGUUCACUCGCAAGAAUGUUAAUUUUGGCGCGAUUUCUGUAACAGAGCAAAGCUGUCCCACGUCUAGCCUUAAAGUGGAGCGUCACACUGGCUUCUGUGCCAUACUUUGGUGCAGGGUAAACAGGUAUUCGGACCGUUGCGGAAGUGAACAAGUAGGAGCAGGGACUGCAAUCCACUGAGACGAAGUAAAUAUUCAGGAACGAGGACUGGCAUUUAGUUCACCAAACCCUGCUCGGCCAACGGCUACGACACGAGGUUCAUUGUUUGUCAACCGACUUGUCCCAGUUUCGUACCGUGGCUGUUCAUAUUAUACUGGAUAGAUUUUUAUGUCAGCACGACGAAAAGAUAUUGGGUAUAGUGUGAACGUACCGUAAAAUUCCGAAAAUAAGCCCCUCCAGGUAUAAGGCCUUCCAAAUAUAAGCCCCCCAAACUCGUAACGCAAAAAAAACCCUCCGUUAAGUCGCCUCUCCAAAUAUAAGACUCCCGGGGGCUUGUACUUGAAAAUUGCCCACAGACAAAGUAAAAUAAAGCAAAAACGGUAAAUUUCCUUCCAACUAUAAGGCUAGCCCAAUCGAUUUCCAAACGCAAAUUUCCCUUUAUAGAUAAACCCCUCUGAACUGGAAUAUAAGCCCCUCCAAAAAUAAGCCCCUCAAAAAGGGCCUUUGAAAGAUAUAAGCCCCGGGGUCAUUUUCGGAAUUUUACGGUACUUACUUAAACUGGCAAGCAUGUUAAAAAUGAUCAUGUAGAUGACAAUGAAUCACUUUCAAUUUUGUUAUAUAUCUGAAUUGUAUAGCGUCACCAAUGUCCUGUACCAAAGACGAUGAUUGCCAUGCUGAUAAAGGAAAAUGCGUCUCUGGAAUGUGUUACUGUGAUGGAUUCUAUGUUGGAAAUGGCGUGCAGUGCAGAGGUGGGAACUAAAUAGAAUCUUUAGUUUUACAAGUUAAAAAAUAAGACCAAAGACAGAGUUAAAAUGUUGGCAUCUAUUGAUUUGGGAAAGAUGUUAACUUGCUUACGUUCUUUUGCUUUCAUAACAGACGCCAAGCGCUGCCCAAAGGAUGUCAAAUGUGGAGCUCACUCGACUUGUAUGGUAGAUCCCCUGUUUCCAAAAACUCCGACCUGUAAGUGUGACGCGGGAUAUAGAAAAAACAUGAACGGAAAAUGCGUAGGUGAGUUGAUAAAAGAAAAAAUAAGAGAGAGUGGGAGAAUAUACAGCUUGGAAAUCCAAUCGGGGAUCCCUCCCCCCACCCCACCCCCAUCAUCAUAUCAUACCGCUCACUACCCGUCAUCUGCUCUGCGUUUCACAUGAACAAAAUAAGAGACUGCUUGGAAGGGUGCCUUGCCAGACUAAAAGGGUUUAGCACCACAAGAUAGGUUUAUACGUGAGGAUCUUUUGUAAAAAUAUUAUGUGCUCAUUUUAAUUAACUUGGGAAAAAGAACAAUCUUACCCCACCCUCCCCCUAUCAGUUCUUCCUAGACAAUGCGUCACGAUGUUAACCUUUGACUUUGACCGUUUUUUAUCAGAAUGCAUAAAUAACACACACUGCAAUCACGUGCAAGAAACUUGCUAUAAGGGAAUUUGCAAGUGCAAAGAUGAGCUGAUAAAGGACGAGAAAACAUGCAAACCAGGUGAGAACUUUUCCCGGAUCGAUCGGAUUAUAAUUAGCUGAUUCGUAUCAUGUUUCAUUGCUGGUACACCUUCAGUACAAGGUACAGGGUUUUUUGCUAUGAUCAUAAAUCCCCUUUUCACGCGUAAGUGGCAUCGCUCGGCUUGCUCGCACGCUCUCGCCCGGCUCGCUCGCUUCGCUCAGAUCGCCAUUCGAAAUGGAGAGCUUGUCUGCAGGCUAACAUGAAUCAUGUUAGAUACUUGCGUAAUGAUGUCGUCUGUUUGAAACUGGUUUUAUGUUUGUUUUAUUACAAUACAUAACUCAGAGUAUAACCGUGCGCGCUGUGUCAAAAUAAAAAAAAAUACAAGAUAAAAUUGAGAGGGAGACAGAAAGGAUUGCAUGUUUUGUUAAGAACCAUAUAAUAUCAAGGAAUUCCAUAGUAACUAACUACCGAAUAGUGUCAGUGUCAGCUGGUUUUUAACAUUAACAACUCUUUUAUAUGCAAUAAUUACAGCUCCUUUACACGGAUGCAAGAAAGACAUGGACUGUGAUUCUCGGGCAAAAUGCAAUGACGGUAAAUGCAUCUGUCAAGGAAAUACAACAGGAAAUGGAAAGUUCUGUAGAGGUAAUUCACCAUGGAAAGACUGGGUUCUAGCUUUUAGUGGUACUUACUGCAACAUAUUACUGAGUUCAUGUACCGGGUGACCAGCGUUACUGAGUUAUGAUUGGUUAUUAGUACUUCCGUCCGACAGCCAUCAAACAAGCAUGCUGGCUCAACAUUGUUACCGAAACUUUCCCAGAAAUCUCAACUCAAAGGUUCUGUCCGCACUAAUGCGUUUUCAAAAGUGUGAGUUUUCGUUGUCAUCGAAAACGCAUCGAUCGAUACUCGCCAACACUAACGUAUGAUGCUUUUACGACAAUCUACAAUAAAACGUUCGAAAAUGAUAGAUCUGCAAUGCGCAUGCUCUAAACACACGCGCCUGUGAUAUUUGUGGUAUCGUUUUCAUUUUAUUUUGUUGCGUUUUCGACCGUCCACGCUAAUACGAUUUGUAUGCGUUUUCGUUUUGAUCCACUCUCAAGGGCGUUUUCAAAUCGACGCGUUUUCGAUGAAAACGCUCUGCGUAUUAGUGUGGACGAAAGGCUUAAACGCAUUGAAAUGUAUUAGCCUGUGAAAACAGCCGUUUCAUUUACAGCCGCGAAGAGCGAGGAGAAACGUCUGUUUUCGCAGGCUAAAAUGUAUGUAUUCAAAAUUUUAAAAUUUCAGAGACACUUGCAUGUCCUCAAGGAUUUCAGUGUGGCAUUCGUGGUACAUGCAUUGUUGAUCCUCUGCUUCCAAAAACGGAUCCUAAGUGCAGAUGCGAGAAAGGUUACAGCUACAUGAAAGAUGGAAAGUGUGUUGGUAAGUUAAAAAGUUUUUAUGCAACUCUUAUUCCCUCCCAUGCAAAAACUCUCCCGGGCCGCGGUUACGAUUUGAACCUGAGUUAUCUAAGAAAAUCACGAAUUAAUGUCGUUUUGUGAUGUGAUUUUCUCUCUGAAGAGAUUCUGUAUUUAAGUCGCUAUCCCGGCCGACCUAUUUUUGUCUUCAAUGGGGCACUAGCUUCAGCCCUUAUUGCCUUAAAAUGCAUUUCUCUCGAUCCAUCUAUCAACACUUUGUAAGAAGGGUACGGCUCGUAACCCCUGACCUAAAAUUCCUCUCCAUUUAAUUAGGGUGUGAUGAUUUGUAUUUUGGUGAAAACAGGUAACGUCAGGCUUAUUGUUAUAAUUUUGGUCAACUAAUUUGUCUCUGACUAUUCAACAGAGUGCCUCAGUGAUAAGAAUUGUCCAAAAUAUUCCACAUGUGACCGUGCACGUGGACUCUGCAAGUGCAAAGAUGAGCUAAUAAAACAAGGAAAAACUUGCAAGCCAGGUUAGGAAGAUUAGGUUUUGUUUAACAUCAUCACAACUUAUAACAUUAGACAAGGGAAGCGAAAAAUAAACAAUUUUCGUCGACCAUGUUAAUUUUCAUCUCUUUUGCACUCGAAUAGUUUCACAUUUGGUUUGUCCCAAGAUACAAACUUUCCUUUUUCUCCCCUCCCCUCCAUCUACCCCUCGCCCGGUCCUCCUUCCUCACUUUUUCAAUUACUUUCAUGAUGGAGGCCACGAUCAAUGUACCUCUACGUCGCACUGUCGUUAAAAACGCCUACUCUACAAGCUACUUCUAUAUAGAACGAUAUACUAAACUCGCGGGCAUGCAUAGGAUCGAGCUGAGAACGUGCUUGAAGCCGCAAGGGGUAAUCGGAAGGCACAAGAGGAACUAUCACCCCUCACGUUCCACUACCACGCGAACAAUGAAGUCGACUGGGGACAAUCAAUCAAUCAAUCAAUCAAUCCAUUAAAUGUUUAACCACGUAACACCUAGGAGCUCAUAAGUGCUCGUAAACGUGUACGUGUAAAAAUAAUAAAUGUAAAAGAAUAAAAGUAAUCGAUAAAAACCAAUCAAGUAAUAACGAGAAAUCUAAAGUAAUGCGCGAAAAAUGAUAUUUUCCGGUGUUAUUUACAGAUAAUAUUUAACUCUUUUAGACAUGAAGGCUUCAAGAGAUCGCUUAAAUUAAAGUUCUAAUAUUUUUGGAUUCUCUUAUCACUGGCGUUAAACUAUUUCACAGUUUUUAUAGCUAAAAAAGUAAAAUAUUUAUGCAUACAUUCUAGACAGGUUAGCGAGGAGUUAACUUUUCGACAACAGUAAUAUGGACAAUCAUCUAUCUCAGCCCUUAUUUAAUCUAUUCUUCCCUAGCCGACCGAUUUAUUUUUAUAAGCAAUGACUGGGUAAUAGUUGCCCCCCCCCUACAGAUUAUUAACAAUAAAAUAAGUUUUUAUUACUUUUCAAGCACCAUUUCAUCUGUGUGACGAAGAGCACAAAUGCCACGAGCAAGCAGAAUGCUUUUAUGGAAAAUGUUACUGUAAAGGAAACCUUACUGGGAAUGGACGAUUCUGCAGAGGUAGGGAUGUUAAACAUCGUCAAAUUAUUUACAGCCGAUCAAAUUCUAAAAUUUGCUUAACUCUGUGGGCUGAUAGUAAACAAAGACACAACUGUUUGUUCUGAGGAGCAACAUAGGAUAUUUCCCUUAAAACAUGUAUGUGCAGCCACCAUCCCAAGAGAGAAACUUUGUGAAAUGGGCGGGGUCCGCGGGGACGUUCGUCCUCUUACCUAGGGGUGAAAACUGCUGAUUUUGGUAUGAAGUAAGGUGUUCAAGAGGCAACACCAACUUUAUUUUCCAUACAGGUAUUGUUAAGGAAUGUCCGUGAAGAAAGAACAAAGGCAGAAACCAGCUGGAAAAAAUUAAAAACGUUCCUGCCUUAUGCUCUUGGAAAAAAAAAAAAACCACAACAAGUCUUUUUAUUCAUAAUUUCCCAAACGCAGAUUUGAACGCCGAUGGAAACGUCUGUAUUUCUCUCUGAACUAUCCAACCAUGUAUUGGCUUGUAUAUAAAUUUAUGAUCUCAAAAUAUUAACUGUUAUAAGAUGUUAUUGCACAAAAUAUUGUCAGCAUUAUUGUCGUCCGUGCUUGCCCGUUGAAUAAAACAAUCGCUUUAAUUUUUCUACAGAUUCUCUACAAUGCCCCGACGAUUAUCAGUGCGGUAACAAUUCUAUCUGUGUUGUCGAUCCUCUGUUUCCUAAAACUCCAGUUUGCAAAUGUUUAAAGGGCUAUAAAAUGUCUUCUGAAGGAAAAUGUGAAGGUAUGUUAUAAUUAACCAUGACAAAAUGGAUAGAUCUUCUAGCUUGUUCGAGACCUUCUCCCUCACAGUUACACUGAGUUAAUUCUAGUUUGUUGAGCAAGUAAAUUUGUCUCUGCGAUCUAAAAUGACCAAACUGAGAUAUAUUUUUGUCCACUAAGGAGAUUGCAGCCACGCUUUUAUAUUAACUAAAAGCUUUGCCUGUUCCAGGAUUUCAGAUAGUAGGCGAAGAGUUUAGAUGGAGGGGCGAGUUAAGUCGUAUGCGGGGAAAACCCGGGAAAAACAAGGGAAAAGCUGAGAUAGAAAUACAGAAAUUAGCAUGGGACGCGGUAAAAACUCAUGAUAGCGGGCUCCUGUGAUAGAUAACUUCGACAGGUAUUAAACCUAGAUGGAAUGAAAUGGAAGAGGAAUACCCCUGGUUCCUUUAAAAUUUUGUUGAGUUAAUAUGAAGUAAAACUCAACUGAAUUUCUUUUUAAUUCUACAGAAAUAAGCGAAUGUUUCAAGAAAGGACUGUUGUGCCCAAAUAAGACUACGUGUACUAAAACUGGAAAUGAAUCAUACGACUGCGUCUGCAAUAAAGGCUUUCGUAUGGUCCACGGUCUAAACUACACUUGUGAAGGUGAGACAUUCACUAUAAUGGCUUAUACGACGGGGAGGCUCCCCACGAAAGGGGUACCUUUUUCAGGUUUUGGAUCAGCAUCAAAGGAUAGGGAAUUCACGAGUUGAAGUAUACGGAUGGGUAGGAUAAUCAGUGGUAAGGGGAAAAAACGGUAAGGGGUAAGGGUUGAGACCUCGGGUCGGAGCCUAUCCGUGUAAAACUCUGUUGAGCACCUUCCCCUCCGGGGAUUACUGAAAGAAAAUGACUGGGCAAAAAUGUCGAACACAAGCUGCGGGAAGUUGCCGUUCAGUGAGUCGACGUAGAAUUACGUAAAUCGAAACCUCGAUCAGGGGUUUAGUCCAGUCAUUUUGUGUUUCUCUUUGCCAAUCAAUCAAAAGCGCCUUUAGCAUUUGCGUUGAAAUAAGACUUUAGACAAGCCUCGUUUCCAUGCGGUGAUGUAAAUAAGGGACUCGGAAACGUCUCCAAUCCUCUCAAGUAAUCCCGUCUUUAAGCAACUUCCCUGCUGGGACUUUUUGGGGCUUUUGAUAUGUUAUUAAGGACAGUUUUCUCAGUCUAGAGCAGUUGGAAUAUCUUCUGUCACAAUUAGUUCUAGGUUAACCUACAUUUUACGUCAAAAUGACUGGACUAUUUGAAAGUUUCGCUCGUAAAUGUUAUGAUUAGGAUGUGUUAAUUUUUUAUACACAGACAUUGAUGAAUGCAAGCAUUCCAACACUUGCCUGGCGAAUUCCCAGUGUAAAAACACAGAAGGCAGCUACGAUUGCAUUUGCAAAACUGGAUUUAAAAAAAGCAAGACCGGCAAAUGCGUCGGUAAGUAUCCCACUGUGUAGCCUGCGAGCAAGUUCUUCUGUUUGGGCAAGCGAAGCGAGCCUCGCGAGAACGCGCGAGCGAGGGGCCUCCACUCGUGGCGCGUGUCUAGCGCUCCCUGCCCGCUUCGUACUUCGUUCGCUAGAAAAAACGCGCGAAAAAAAUAAUAGGCCAGUAGCCAGCUUCCUCAGGAGUCGUUGGGGGGGGGGGGGGGGGGGCGGGGGACGGGGAGCGGGGCGGCGUAUUGCUGCGGUGGUUACGUCGUCGCGCUGUGUAGGCCGCCCCACCCCCUGCGCGGGAGUAGACAACAGAAGCCGAGGCAAAGUGGGGGGGGGGGGGGGGGGGGGGGCAUUGCGCCGGUAUGUGGUCCAGCAUUGCGUCGGUAUGUGGUCCGACGCUAUGUGGUGUCAACCUCGUUCCCACGGAGUGUAAAGAGAGUAGAAACUUGGAAAAGAGUUCAGUAAAAGUGACUAAUUUUCAGCAAAAUAAGAAAGACGAAAUCGGAAUGAACGACGGUUUGUCUCCUGGAUUCGGUUUAACUACAAUCCUGAUUUUAAAUUUGGAAAACAUUAAAGAUUAUAUCGUCCCCCAGUCGUAACCGCCAGAGAAGAGCUAAAAAAGCGACGCAAAUUUCUUUAUGACAAUAGCGGCUACAGCUUGAAGGAUUAAUACCAUAGAGAAGAGUAUCUAGCGACCAUGCACGUCUGCAUUGCUCUGUAUUGCCUUAAAAUCAACCCCAGUAGUCAAACAGGAAAAAAACAGGAACAACUACAAAACAAAAUAGAAAGUAGUAAAAACUAUGGAAUUAGCAUGUUGUCUGAGCGAAUGAUAUCACUCAAAUAUUUCAGAAAAUUGCAAUUGUACAAGUCACGCGGAUUGCCAUCACGGAAAGUGCCAAUGUACUAGAGGAUACGAAAUGAAUGAAGAGGGGCACUGUGUACAAGGUAAGUAAAAACUAAUAUAUUAUUACAGCUGUUUCGGAUCUGAACACGCGACCUGCAAUGUCAAAAGCGUCUUUGAAUUUUGGGUUUUUCUGCGACGUCAAGAAAAAUUUGGAGCCGGCCUCGGCGCCUAAGUUUUUUGCGUUCUGCGUCUUGUCGAUCGGGACUAUUUGUACUUUGAUGUUCAAUGAUGUGAUGAAAACUUUUCAUAUUUUUGCUUUCAAAUUUUUUUAACCUUCUUUAUGAAACAAGCAAGUUUAGAUUCCUAAGGUGAAGACCAUUGCGAAAUUGUUCCUAUAGAGCUUCCAAAUCCAGAAGAAACACAGAUAUGGGAGGGUAAAAACGAAUCGGUACGUUCCCGCCAACAUUUAGUUUUGCAGCUUCUUCUCGUUAGAGCUCUAUUACCGCCUUUAUUUGAGAAACAAGGAUUGGAUGCUAUGGUAACGGUUUGAUUGACGUCGAAGAAAAACCCACAAUCCACCAAGCGUGGAAUCAUGUUAACGUUGGAUCAAUUUUCGGUUCUGGGAAUCUGUCCACCUACCCCUCCCCUAACCCAACAUUUUGCCCUAAGUGAGACGCAAAUGUUACCGUUGAGGUAAGGGAGGGGUAGGUGGGCAGUUUCCCAGAAACCUAAAUUAAUCAUUAACGUUUGUCCUUUUUGUCACAGUUUCAGGUCCUCGGACAAGUCAUCAAAGGCAACCAGGACAGUGGGAAGUGGGAACUAAUUUAUCUCCAUCCUCUUGUGUGACAAGUCACGUGAUCGUCCUUAUACCUCUACUUUGUUACCAAGUCUUUGCGCUUUGA